ACUGUGUGGUCAGGUAUAUUCCUGCGAGGUCAGGUUGACCCGAGAGUGGAUAGCGAGAUGUGGAAUGAAGUCAGGAAUAUUCAAACUAAAAAUAAAGAACUUAAAACCAAAGCUCUUGAAUUGAGAAGGUAUUGUAUGCUUUUAUACUCUGUUUUACAUGUUUUUAUACCAUCAACAAGACUGUUCAACUAUUAUACAUGAACUUGUGGCUAGAGCUCGACAACUGGCCUCUGUAGCUCAGUUGGUUAGAGCUCGACAACUGGCCUCUGUAGCUCAGUUGGUUAGAGCUCGACAACUGGCCUCUGUAGCUCAGUUGGUUAGACCUCGACAACUGGCCUCUGUAGCUCAGUUGGUUAGAGCUCUUGGCCUCUGUAGCUCAGUUGAUUAGAGCUCGACAACUGGUCUCUGUAGCUCAGUUGGUUAGAGCUCGACAACUGGCCUCUGUAGCUCAGUUGGUUAGAGCUCUUGGCCUCUGUAGCUCAGUUGAUUGGAGCUCGACAACUGGCCUCUGUAGCUCAGUUGGUUAGAGCUCUUGGCCUCUGUAGCUCAGUUGAUUAGAGCUCGACAACUGGCCUCUGUAGCUCAGUUGGUUAGAGCGCUGCACCGGGAUCGCAGAUUCGAUUCCUGCUCGGGACCUAAAGUUGCAUUUUUCGCAGCUGUUUCUGUUUUCGGGGUCGGUUGUUACAUAGCCUAUCGAAAGGGAGAUGUGAAACUCAUUAGAAUAACAAUAUAACUCUUUAUUAUACAUUUAAUAUGUAUUCUCGUUUCUAAUUGGUCAGAAAGCACCGGCUAAUUUUCAGUAUUCGGCAUUUAUUACGUAUUUUCCGCCGGUGACGUCAUCAGCGUCCAAUAAUUGUUUUUUUGGAUCGAACUUGCAUCCAAAAAAAAUAUUAUUGCACUCUCUCGUGCCCAAACCCUUGCGCGGCCAAAGGCUUGAACCUAUAAGCGCGCGAAAAAAACCCAAACAAACAAUGGCCUACAGCAGAUUUGCUUCGCUGAAUGAAAGUGAACUCUCCAAAUUAUUGGCAGAUAAGGAUAGUGAAAGCACGAAAAAAGCCACAAAGGGGUAAAUAGAAGUAGAAUAUAAUAUUUAGCUGACCUUUGACUUUGUGCAAGGUAUUUGAUAUUCAAAUUGUACUUUUUCUACCUCAUGAACAGGAAUCGUUUUAUACGUUUCUCAUGUCUUUAAAUGUAUAAUAAAACAAUUAUUGGAUUCUGCUUUUGCAUGAUAUCAAGAAUUAUUCAGACCUCGGUUUAUGUUAUCCGCCUCAGCUUCGCUUCGGCAGAUAACAUUGACCUCGGUCUGAAUAAUUCUUGAUAUCAUGCUCAGCCUCAUCCAAUAAUUGCUUAUUAUCUAUGUUAGUCAAUGUUUAUUCAUAGAUUUUGCCAAAUCCACCAAUAGCAAUUUUCAAUAUACCCUAUUGUUCGAGUCACGGAUACCUAUCCGUGACUUUCCUAAAACAUUGCUAUUGGUUAGUUGGGCAAAAAUACAAUACACACGUGACGUUGAAGGACCAGAUUUAUGAAUAAACGUUGACUAACAUAGAUAAUAGGGUCAUUUAUACGAGCGAAAAUAAGUCGCGGCCUAAAUAAGCCGCGGCCUAAAUAAGCCGCGGCUUAAAUAAGUCGCGAACAACUCGUAUAAACAGUCAAUUUGCAAUAAGCCGCGGCUGAUUUAGGCCUAGUUUUCAACUCUGGGAUUAUUUUAGCCGCGGCAUGCAAACAAAUUGACUGUUUAUACGAGUAGUUCGCGACUUAUUUAAGCCGCGGCUUAUUUAGGCUGCGGCUUAUUUUCGCUCGUAUAAAUGGCCCUAAUGUUAUUCUAGUGAGUUUCACAGCCAUCUUCCCUUCGAUAGGCUAUGGUUGUUAUCAGGCUUGGUGUUUUCAAGGUCGGUGUUUUCAUGGUCGGGUUAUGUUCAGGCUUGAGGUUUUCAAGGUCGGUGUUUUCAUGGUCGGGUUAUGUUCAGGCUUGAGGUUUUCAAGGUCGGUGUUUUCAUGGUCGGGUUAUGUUCAGGCUUGAGGUUUUCAAGGUCGGUGUUUUCAUGGGCGGGUUAUGUUCAGGCUUGAGGUUUUCAAGGUCGGUGUUUUCAUGGGGGGGUUAUGUUCAGGCUUGAGGUUUUCAAGGUCGGUGUUUUCAUGGUCGGGUUGUGUUUAGGUUUGGGGUUUUCAGGGUCGGCGUUUUCAGCCUCGGUGUUUUUAGGCUCGCCGUUUUCAGGCUCGGGUAUUUCAGGCUCGUUGUUUCUGGGUUAGGUUCAAUCAAUAUAAAUUUCCACUCGAUAUUUUCCAUCUAUACAAAGACUCUUCGACACAAUACUGUAUUGAACGUUUUAGGCAAUAUGUUGAACUCCAAGCCAAAGUUCGCACGAAGUUAAAAAUGGAUCGCCCCACUGACGCCAGCACCACCCGUGAAUCACCUUAA